AAUUGAACAGUUGAAAUGCAAGCAGAGAACUCACCGAAUGCUAGAACACAAGCAACACCGCCACCGCGACCGCGUCGCAGAGAGAAGAGAAUUCUACGGGAUGAGAAUCGUGGACAAUGGACCUCGAAAACUCAAUUUAUACUCUCUCUCAUUGGGUAUGCCAUUGGCAUUGGCAACGUUUGGCGUUUUCCCUAUCUCUGUUACCGCAGCGGCGGCGGUGCCUUCCUGGUUCCGUAUAUGUUGAUGGUAAUAUUAUGUGGAAUACCUCUAUUCUAUUUGGAGGUGCUGCUUGGUCAAUUCUCCAGCACAGGAUGCACGGGCAUGUUUCGAUUGGUUCCCAUUCUUAAGGGCACCGGUUACUGUAUGGUUAUUGUCAAUAUGUAUUGCGUUUGCUAUUAUUCUGUUAUCAUCUCCUACCCAAUACGUAUGAUAUAUUAUUGCUUUUGGAAGAGCGUACCCUGGGUGGGUUGUGAUCAUUCCUGGAACUCGCCCAAUUGUACAUCCGUUAGCAAUCUGCAAUAUGUCGAGGGGGAAAAGUUGACGACAUCGUCGGAUGAAUUCUUUCAUCUUGAAGUGCUACGCAUCUCGAGCAGCAUUGCGGAUCUGGGGGGCAUGGUGUGGGAGCAACUGAUUAGUCUGUUUAUAACAUGGAUCAUCAUUUAUCUCUGUGUGGCAAAAGGCAUUGAAUCGGUCGGCAAGGUGGUCUAUUUCACGGCUCCGUUUCCGUAUUUGCUGUUAACCAUUUUGUUCUUUCGAGGAGUCACUUUACCAGGAGCGGGAACUGGCAUUAAAUUCUUUAUAUAUCCGGAAUGGCAUCGUCUGCUCGACCUGAAGGUUUGGGCGGAUGCGGCUAUUCAAAUGUUUUUUGGCCUUGGUCCUGGAUGGGGAGGCAUCAUCAACAUGGCCAGUUUCAAUACCUUUCGUAACAAAGCCAAAUUUGAUUCAAUACUCGUCGUAUCUGUUAAUGUUUUUACAAGUCUCUAUGCUGGAUUUGUGGUCUUCUCAGUGCUGGGUUUUCUAUCGCAUCAAUCAGGUAUUCCCGUGGCUACAGUUGCCACAUCGGGGGCAGGCCUCGCUUUUGUUACUUAUCCACAGGCAAUUGCAUUGUUGCCUCUGCCACAACUUUGGGGACUCAUGUUCUUCAUCAUGUUAUUCAUCUUGGGCAUUGACAGUGUGUUUGUGCAAUUGGAGUGUAUCACUAACGCAGUACUAGAUGAGGUGGCAUACCUGCGAGAUCAUAAAUGGAAAGUAACCUUAGUUCUAUGCAUUACCUUCUUUUUCCUAUCGAGCAUUAUGUGCACCAAUGCUGGCAUGUAUAUAUUGCAAUUAUUCGACUGGUAUUCCUCGGCUAUAGCAAUCAUUGUUGUCUGCCUGGUUGAGAUUAUUAUGGUGGCCUAUAUCUAUGGAGUCGAUAACUUUAUGACCGACGUAGAGUUCAUGUUAGGCCGACGUCCUUCGCUAUUUUGGAAAAUAUCCUGGAAGUAUAUAGUGCCUUUGGUUUUAAUCUUUGUUCUAUUUACGAGCAUUGUAUUCAUACGAACAAUUACUUAUAAUGGCAUUGCCUACCCAGAUUGGGCAGUUAUGAUCGGUUGGCUAAGUUUUGUAUCAUCCGUUAUGUUUAUUCCGCUUUAUAUUUUUUACAUUAUGAUACGUAAACGAGACACGAUGUGUGACAGUCUGAAGAAACGUUUAAAGCCUCUCGACUGGACUCCAGCCGACCCAAAUGAUCGCGCCGAAUACGAGGAAUUCAGAAGACAGCGAAAAAUGCCCGCAUUCAUGUCAGAUACAGAACCAGAAACCAAAUAACUUAUUUUUAAUGCAAUCUCUUUUAUUAUAAA